UGGGGGUUGAUGGAAAGGGGGUUGAUACAGUUUGGAAAGCACAGAAUCUAAAUAAAGAAACAGCGUUGGAGUGAACGCUGACGUUACAAGGGCAAAGAUGAAGCUGACUCUGUUUUGUCUGUCGCUUCUUUUGGUUCAUAUACAUUUUUUGCUGGCCAAAAAAACAGGAGGGUUUCAUGGGAAAAUAAAUCUCUUUAAGAAGACCCCCAAAGCAGAUAAUCGAGACUCCAAGUCCAAGGGGGGAAUCCUCAAACAGCCAAAACAACCUGAAAAAUUCAACCAAGGAGGCUACCCUCAACAACCAAGCCGACCAGGAGGCUACCCUAACCAAGGAGGCUAUCCUAACCAAGGAGGCUACCCUAACCAAGGAGGCUACCCUCAACAACCAAGCCGACCAGGAGGCUACCCUAACCAAGGAGGCUAUCCUAACCAAGGAGGCUAUCCUAACCAAGGAGGCUACCCUAACCAAGGAGGCUACCCUAACCAAGGAGGCUACCCUAACCAAGGAGGCUAUCCUAACCAAGGAGGCUAUCCUAACCAAGGAGGCUAUCCUAACCAAGGAGGCUACCCUCAACAACCAAGCCGACCAGGAGGCUACCCUAACCAAGGAGGCUAUCCUAACCAAGGAGGCUACCCUAACCAAGGAGGCUACCCUCAGCAACCAGGAUACCCAUCUGGGGGCUAUCCAGCUGGAGGUUACCCAGCACAGGGCCCCCCAUAUGGUGGAGGUUAUGGUAGUCAUCCAGGUGGAUACAUGAAUUACAACCCAAACAACAAAGUCCUGAGCCCUCAAUAUGGUGGCAGUUUUGGAUAUGGGGGCCAUGGUGCUGCUGGCGGCUCUCCCUUUUCUCACUCAGUUCAGUCAAUGGGCAUGUAUCCCUCUGAUAGAUCCAGAGGGUUUGGGCGCAGUGCGGCGAUGGCAGCAGCUGGAGGGGCUAUGGCAGGGAUGGCCCUGGGCUACGGACUAGGAAGGUUCCCCCGUCCUCCCUUCCACUUCCACAACCCCCAGGAGGAGCAAUACUACAACAACUACAUGUACAGGAAAUAUGGUGCCAAGUCUACUGAUACCAAUGACUACAGCAGAGACUACCUGUACAGCCAACCCCCUGAAACCUAUGAUAGCUUCAUGGACUCCUGCAUGAAGAGAACAGACCUUCUGCUUGCGGAGAAUAAAAAGCCGAACAACAAACCAGCUGUUGUCCCCGCAAGUACAACUACAACUAACACAACUACAACUACCUCAACUACUUCUGUAAAUAUCACAAUUAUUGCUGACCCGUACUCUGCCGUUGACAGCAACACAACAAAGAUUAACAGCACCGCAGCAGGAAACUCCUCAACCUCUGCCCCUUCAACUCCACACCCUCUCAAUAAGUCUGAAGACAAUUCUGUGCCUCCAGCUGCACAGGCUCUCAGAAAAGCUGCUACUGAUGGUGAUGAUGAGGAUGAUGAUACAGUCAGCAUUGUGGAGAUCGGCUAUCCGGCACUGAUUGAUCAGAUGAAAACCAGGAGAUGUGUUGAGCUGUACAUGGUCUACUCUGAAAAGUACUUGCAGAAAAAGACGGAGCUUGGCACCACCGGUAGGGUGCAGGGACUGAAGAUGGGCUCGCAAGGUCUAUUAGCUGUGGUCAUUAGUACGACACUGAUGCUAUUGAAUAGCAACAUGCUGAUGCUGCUGCACUGAGACAUUCAUUGGCAGUUAAAGUGAUGAAGAAAUAUAGAUAUGAGGUGUACAACAAAGAAUGUGAUAAUGAUUGUUUCAAGUAAGGUACUUAUCCAUAGUUGGUGUACUACUUAAAGUAGAUUGCGGUCGAUACGCACGUGGUCGACAUUUUUAGAUGGGCCUUUCUUUUCGGUGGCUAAAAUACGUUAAGCUGACGGCCCCGUCCACAGUAGUACAUAGCUUUGUUCCCAUGACCGUACGCUUGUCUGUUUCUCCAAACAGGGGGCGUGCUGACCGCCAUCUACUGUAAGUAGUAAACUGACUAUAUUUAAGUACCUCAUACAACCUCACUUCUAAAGAUCUGAACUACCCCUUUAAGUAAACAGUGUGGCUCUAGGGAUGAAAGUAUAUAUAUUACUAUUUUUAAACAUAUAGCCUAUACUUGCCUCCCUCUUCCUGUCUAUCCAAUAUUUUGGUAGCUUGUGUUUGCAGUGUAAGAUCUCUGAUUUACUAAUUACAUCUGAUGCACUGGAAGUGAAAUCCAUUUAUUUUUCUCUGUUUAAAUACCAUUAUUGUCCGGUGUUGGUGAUAAGAGUAGUAAAACAAUAUAUUCAUAAGAAAAUGUGCCAUUAUUACUUACUAGGAAAGCCAACAUAAUCACAAUAUAUAACUGAUAAAUUAACUGGAUUAAGGGUUUUUACUGUCAUGGCUGCUUUUUAUUUUAUAGAAACAGGUGGUCAUGGGUUCACAGAAUUAUUCCUCACAGAAAGUUUUUAAUGUAGGACUUUCAAUGCCAGCAGGUGGUGUCGGCUGUAUUCAAGAAUAUAUUAAUGUACCGAGCUGCUUUGGGUCCUGAAAGCAACCACAACCUCCCAGAGAUCAGCUUCCUCUAUUAAAACUCUUUUGCACUCUCUGCUUUUAGGACAAAAACAUAAUGCUGAUAACCAGUUGAACAGCAAGUGGCUAAAAUAUAUAAUGUAGUCUGUAUGAUGCCAGUAGGUCUCCUUUCACAAUUUAUAUUAAAAAUGAAUAAAUUAAACUGAUAUUUUGUCUAAUCAGAUUAUAAAUGCAUUUUAGGUUUAGCAGCAUUAUUUUUUUGACGUAAGUAUGUGAAACUAUCACUGGUAUGACAAAGGUAACCGUGGUGAAUAUACGACCUAAAAAAACAACCUUUAAUAUGUGUCAAUAGAUAGAAACAUCAAAAAUAAACAGAAAAGGGAAAUUGACAGGGGUAUUUUAUUCCGCAAACUACCUUUUUUUUCAACUUCAAACUUAGGCAGACAAAUAGGGCAUGUAUGAUUGAGUCACUGUAUACUUAGAUAUUAGUGCCUUUUAGUGGUGGAAGAAGUGUUAAGAUAUUUUAUUUAAAUAAAGUAGUAAUGCCACAAUUCUACCACCAUAUCGCAAUAAAAUAAAAGAAUAUUACAAGUAAAUGCACCAUAUAAAAGUACAGAGGUAUUAUCAGCACCUAAUAACCUCAAGUACACAUUAUACAGAAUGUCUCAUCUCUAUCUCUGUCAUACAUUAACAUGUAAGUAGUAUUUUAAUGUUUAAUCUGAAUCCAAGGGUAAUUUCCUCCCCUAUCAUACUGCCUUGCAUCAUAUUUUGAAAGCAUGCCCUAUUUGUUGACUUAAGUAUUUCUAAUUACAAAUAACAAAAAGUUCAAUGUGAAGGGUCACAUUUAAUGUACUUUUUUUCUAUCAUGUUGAGUCAGUGUGAAUAAAUGUAAUAACUUACAAACAAAAUUAUGUUUCCUUUGUUGUGGAAAUGUACCUAUAAGCACUCAGAAAUAAAACACACAAAGCAUUUGACGAG